CGACUUCCGAGCAUGGGAUCCAGAUGAAAGUCACGGGAGGUAAUGUUGGACCUAACUGAUGGAGUGUUAUCAAAAAAAAUUUGCACUCGGAGUUGGCGAAAAAAAUUAGCAUUUUCCUGGGCACCCCCUAGGAUUUUUUUGCUGUUAGCAGUAUGCUGAUUUUUAGAGUUUCAAAGGAAGCUACACCUAAUUUCAUCGACGGAUUUCAAAUUUCAUCUAAAAAUAAAUCCGUCGAUGAAAUUAGGUGUAGCUUCCUUUGAAACUCUAAAAAUCAGCAUACUUCUAACAGCAAAAAAACCCUAGAGGGGUGCCCAGGAAAAUGCUAAUUUUUUUCGCAAACUCCGAGUGCAAUUUUUUUUUGAUAAAACUCCAUCAGUUGGGUCCAACAUCACCUCCCAUGACUUUCAUCUGGAUCCCAUGCUUGGAAGUCGAGAUUCAGCUUACUGAAAAAUCCUGGAUACGCCCCUGUAUUUGAUUUCCGCAAGGAUUACUUGAACAACUCUUUUUUUUGUUUGUUUAUAUAUUGAUUUUAAUUCUAGAAAGCUGUUAAUGAAAAUUAUCAAGUUAUGUCUGAUUCAACAUUUAAAGCAUUACGUCGUCAAUUACCAAUAACAAAAGCUAAAAUUGAUUGGGCUAAAAUAACAGCAUAUAAAAUUGGAUCUGAACUUAAAAAUGCUUAA